ACUCUCAGGAAAAGGAAGCAAAGAAUGUCAAACAUGGCAGCCUCAUCAGUUCCUGUUUUGGUGCAGAAUGCAAAACCCACUUCAGAUGUCACUCGCCGUUGCGCUAAUUUUCAUCCUUCCGUUUGGGGGGAUUAUUUCCUUACCAUUCCUAUCUCUUUGGAAGGGGAUACCGACAUGAAACAAAUUCAAACAUUAAAAGAGGAAGUGAGGAAGAAGCUUGUCUCUUCUAUUGAUAACAAUUUCUCUUAUAUGUUAAACUUCAUCGACUCAGUCCAACGCUUGGGUAUUUCUUACCAUUUUGGACAUGAAAUUGAUGAAGCAUUGCACCAAAUUUACAGCACUUCAACGAAGGACAAUAAUAUUACAACUCAGAAUGAUGAUCUUCAUCAUCUGGCUCUACUCUUUCGGUUGCUUAGGCAACAUGGAUAUCGCAUUUCAUCAAAUGUAUUUUACAAAUUCAAGGACCAAACCGGACUCUUCAUUGAAAGUGUAGCUGACGAUAUUAAAGGAAUAUUGAGUCUCUAUGAAGCAGCCCAGCUAAGAUUUCAUGGAGAGGAGAUACUUGAUGAAGCACAUGAUUUCGCUCACGCUCAAUUAACAAAGUCUCUAACCACCCAAUUGAGCCCUUCUCUUGCUGCAAAAGUGCGCCACAGCUUAGAACAAUCACAUCGCAAGGGAAUGCCUAGGUUGGAGGCAAGAUAUUAUAUAUCUUUCUAUCAGGAAGAUCCUUCCCAUGAUGAAAAUUUGUUAACCUUUGCAAAAUUAGAUUUUAAUAUCCUGCAGAAGCUACAUCAAAAAGAAGUCAGCAGUCUCACCAAGUGGUGGAAUAAGGAUUUAAAUGUCUCGGCAAAAUUUCCUUUUGCACGGGAUAGGAUUGUGGAAGGUUGCUUUUGGGUUUUGGGGAUCUACUUUGAGCCGCAGUAUUCUCUUGCUAGAAGGAUAAUGAUGAAAAUAAUGGCCAUAUCAUCCAUCAUUGAUGACAUCUAUGACGCCUAUGGAACCAUUGACGAGCUAGAGCUUUUCACCAAAGUAAUAGAGAGGUGGGAUAUAUGUUGCCUGAAUGAUCUCCCAGAUUACAUGAGAUUAUGUUAUACGGCACUUUUGGAUAUUUUUGAAGAAAUAGAGCAAGAGAUGAGACAGAAAGGAAAAGCAUAUUGCAUCGAGUAUGCCAAGAAAGAAAUGAAAAGACUGAUCCAAGCUUACAUUACUGAGGCAAGAUGGUUUCAUUGCAACUACACACCAACAGUGGAGGAGUACAUGAAAGUCGGAACAUUAUCAUGUGGUUACGCUAUGCUGACAACCGUCUCUUUCAUCGGCAUGGAAGACUCAACAGAGGAGGCUUUCAGAUGGGCAACGAGUGACCCAAUAGUUAUCGUUGCUGCUUCAACUCUUUGUAGGCUCAUGGAUGACAUUGUUGGACACGAGUUUGAGCAGAAAAGAGGACACGUAGCCUCAAGCCUUGAAUGCUAUAUGAAACAACACAAUACCUCAAGGCAAGAGGCCAUUGAAGAACUACUUAAGGUAAUUGAGAGUGCUUGGAAGGAUAUUAAUGACGCAUGCCUUGAUCCUAUUCCAUUACCAUUGGCCUUUCUUAUGCGAGUUGUCAACCUUGCGCGAAUGAUGUAUGUGCUUUACAAGGAAGAAGAUAGCUAUACAAAUUCUAGAGGAAUAAUGAAAGGUUACAUCGAAGCUUUACUAAUUAAUAAGAUGCUUGUAUAA